GCAAGAUGGCGGCGGCAGUAGGGGUCCGCGGCCGGUGCGAGCUGCCGCCCUGCUCCGGCCCAGGCUGGCUCCUCAGCCUUUCCGCGUUGCUGAGCGUGGCGGCUCGCGGGGCCUUCGCCACCACGCACUGGGUCGUCACAGAGGACGGGAAGAUCCAGCAGCAGGUGGAUUCACCGAUGAACUUGAAGCAUCCCCAUGACUUAGUCAUAUUAAUGAGACAAGAAACAACAGUUAACUACCUCAAAGAAUUGGAGAAACAAUUAGUUGCUCAAAAAAUUCACAUAGAAGAAAAUGAGGACAGAGAUACAGGACUGGAACAAAGACAUAACAAAGAGGAUCCAGACUGCAUCAAAGCCAAGGUGCCCUUGGGGGACCUGGAUCUGUAUGACGGCACGUACAUAACUCUGGAGAGCAAGGACAUCAGCCCUGAAGAUUAUAUAGACACGGAAUCUCCUGUUCCUCCAGACCCAGAGCAACCUGAUUGUACUAAAAUUCUAGAACUUCCCUAUAGUAUACAUGCUUUUCAGCACUUGCGAGGUGUACAAGAGAGAGUUAAUCUUUCUGCACCUCUAUUACCCAAAGAAGACCCAAUCUUCACAUAUUUAUCUAAACGAUUAGGAAGGAGUCUAGAUGACAUAGGCCACCUCAUCCAUGAAGGGCUACAGAAGAACUCUUCCUCGUGGGUACUGUAUAACAUGGCUUCAUUUUACUGGAGAAUAAAGAAUGAGCCGUAUCAGGUAGUGGAAUGUGCCAUGCGAGCACUUCACUUCUCUUCCAGGCACAAUAAAGACAUUGCCCUGGUCAACCUGGCAAACGUUCUGCACAGAGCCCACUUCUCUGCUGAUGCUGCGGUCGUGGUCCAUGCAGCUCUGGACGACAGUGACUUCUUCACCAGCUAUUACACUUUGGGAAAUAUAUAUGCAAUGCUUGGGGAGUACAACCACUCAGUGCUCUGUUAUGACCAUGCUUUGCAGGCCAAGCCUGGGUUUGAGCAAGCUAUAAAGAGGAAGCAUGCUGUCCUCUGUCAGCAAAAACUCGAGCAGAAAUUGGAAGCUCAACAUAGAUCCCUCCAGCGAACGCUGAAUGAGUUGAAGGACUAUCAAAAGCAGCAUGACCACUACCUGAGGCAGCAGGAGAUCCUGGAAAAACACAAGCUCAUUCAGGAGGAGCAGAUCUUGAGAAAUAUCAUCCAUGAGACACAGAUGGCAAAAGAGGCACAAUUAGGAAAUCAUCAGAUAUGCCGUCUGGUCAACCAGCAGCAUAGUUUACAUUGCCAGUGGGACCAACCUGUGCGCUACCAUCGUGGAGAUAUCUUUGAAAAUGUGGACUAUGUUCAGUUUGGUGAGGAUUCAUCAACGUCCAGUAUGAUGUCUGUGAACUUUGAUGUUCAGGCAAAUCAGAGCGAUAUCAGUGAUUUGGUCAAGUCUUCUCCUGUAGCCCAUUCUAUCCUCUGGAUCUGGGGCCGGGACUCUGAUGCGUAUAGGGACAAACAGCAUAUUCUGUGGCCUAAGAGAGCAGACUGUGCCGAAAGCUAUCCCAGAGUCCCUGUUGGUGGGGAAUUACCAACGUAUUUCCUGCCUCCGGAGAACAAAGGACUCAGGAUCCACGAACUCAACAGUGACGAUUAUUCUUCAGAAGAAGAGGUCCAAACCCCUGACUGUUCCAUAACUGACUUCAGAAAAAGCCAGACUCUGUCCUACUUAGUCAAAGAAUUAGAGGUCCGCAUGGAUCUGAAAGCCAAAAUGCCAGAUGACCAUGCACGCAAAAUUUUGCUUUCCCGUAUUAAUAACUAUACUAUCCCAGAAGAAGAAAUUGGGUCUUUCUUAUUUCAUGCCAUUAAUAAGCCAAAUGCUCCCGUCUGGCUGAUCCUCAAUGAAGCUGGACUCUACUGGAGAGCAGUGGGAAACAGCACGUUUGCCAUCGCGUGUCUUCAGAGGGCCUUGAACCUGGCUCCCCUCCAGUACCAGGACGUUCCUCUCGUGAACUUGGCCAACCUUUUGAUUCACUAUGGCCUUCAUCUUGAUGCCACUAAGCUGCUCCUUCAAGCUUUGGCCAUCAAUAGCUCUGAGCCCCUGACCUUUCUGAGCCUGGGAAAUGCUUACCUUGCUCUGAAGAAUCUCAGUGGGGCGCUCGAAGCCUUCAGACAGGCUUUGAAAUUAACCACCAAAUGCCCAGAGUGUGAAAACAGCCUGAAGUUGAUCCGCUGCAUGCAGUUUUACCCUUUUCUGUACAACGUCACCUCUUCCAUUUGCAGUGGUAAUUGUCAUGCGAAAACCCUGGACAACAGCCAUGACAAACAGAAAUAUUUUGACAAGUCACAGUCACCGGACGCUGCUGAAGAAGAGCCCUCUGGGACAGGAGCAGAGGAGGACCCUGUGCUCUCUGCUGAGAAUUCGGGGGGGGACUCAGAUGCCCUUAGACUUGAAAGUACAGUAGUUGAGGAAAGCAAUGGUUCUGAUGAGAUGGAGAAUUCAGAUGAAACAAAAAUGUCAGAAGAGAUACUGGCUUUGGUGGAUGAAUUUCAACAGGCGUGGCCUCUGGAAGGCUUUGGGGGAGCACUAGAGAUGAAGGGGCGGCGUUUGGACUUGCAGGGGAUACGGGUGCUGAAGAAAGGUCCCCAGGACGGAGUGGCCAGAAGCUCUUGCUAUGGAGACUGCAGAAGUGAAGAUGAUGAAGCAACAGAAUGGAUCACAUUCCAGGUCAAACGUGUAAAGAAACCCAAAGGAGAUCACAAGAAAACUCCUGGGAAAAAGGUAGAAUCGAGCCAAGCAGAAAAUGUACAUCGUUACCAAGCAAAUCUGGAGAUCACUGGCCCAAAGGUGGCAUCUCCUGGCCCACAAGGAAAAAAGCGUGACUACCAGAGUCUGGGCUGGCCCAGCCCAGACGAGUGCGUCAAACUCCGCUGGGUAGAGCUGACUGCCAUCGUGAGUACCUGGCUUGCAGUUUCUUCAAAGAACAUUGACAUCACAGAACACAUAGACUUUGCCACUCCAAUACAGCAGCCAGCCAUGGAGCCCCUUUGCAAUGGCAAUCUCCCCACAAGCAUGCACACCCUGGACCACUUGCAUGGGGUUUCCAACCGAGCCAGCCUACACUACACGGGCGAGAGUCAGCUAACAGAGGUAUUGCAAAACCUUGGCAAAGACCAAUAUCCACAACAGUCCCUUGAACAGAUUGGCACCCGAAUUGCCAAAGUUUUGGAAAAGACAGAAGGAAAACUAUCCCAGAUGGAAACUCAGAAACACGGGAGCGAACAAAGAGCAGCAGAAAGGGUAAAUAUGAGAGUAAAUAUAAAUGAGUAUGACUAUACAAAAUAAUAACAAUAGUGUCGAAAUUCUGAAGUUAAAAUUCAUGACGACGGUAAAUGCAGAAGGCAGAAGGGAGUUGCAUUGAGCACUGUCAACAGUCUUCGGCCCGGCAGACGUUUCACACUCUGCCAUCAGCCCCACGGGCAUGGGCUGUACUGAAGGAUGGGGGCGAGGGAACAGCAGCAGGUGUGUGCCUCCAGUGACCCUCCCAUAGUCAGGGACCCUUCUCUGCCCACCUGCCUUUCCUGCCAAGUGACAAUUCAGUACAAAGGAACAAGUCAAAUGAUCAUUGUGGGAAGUACCCUGGCUUAGGUGCCCCGAGUUCCACAUAAGAACCAUUAUCGUUUGUAAUAGCUCCAUGGGCCUAACGUCCUGGAAAGGGACAUGGCUACAAGAACCAUGGCACUUGGAAGCUCAGAACUGUGACUUUCCACGAGGUGUUUAUAAUAUAUUUCCAGUCCCACCAGUCCAGAUCGUUUACCAACCAGGGUCAUUUUUGCUAUAAGCUGUCUUGCCUGCUAACAGCUAACAUUCCUCCUUUAUUAGUUUUCAGGUGAAUAAGCUAGAAGGUUAAUCCAGUAUCAGUUUCCAUUGUGGACUCACAGACCGACCUCCAUGACCGUGUGCUAACUUUAGUGCCAUGAUUCGCAGACUUCUGGGAACACCAGAAUCACCUGGAGGGCUUGUCAAAGCCUAGAUUGCUGGGCUUCCAAGAUUCAGCAUCCUGAUUUAGUAGGACUAGGGUCAAGCUUGAGAAUUUACAUUUCUAAUAAGUUCCUGGGUGAUACUGCGAGUGUGAAGACCACACUUUGAAACCACUGCCUUAGAAGAUGGCAGUGAUGACAGAGCAGAGGUGUCCCUUUCCCCUUUACCAUUCAGAGAGAACGAGGAUCUCCAUAUCCUCUCGGCUUCAACUUUUAAAAUACUCAGCUAUCCUUCAUUAAUUUCUUCAGAAGCCCAUCUGUAGUUGUGUCCUUAGGGAGUUUUUAGUUUGCAUUGCCAUAAAUCAUCACUAAGUGUCAGCAGAUGCCAUUGGUCAGCCUUCAUUUUACGGUUUAGUAAGCAUGCACUAUCAGAACCCUCAGAAGACUGCCCAGGCUGCUGCUGAGGUCACUCAUCACACGUGAUGCUCAGAAGCCUCUGAAAGGUCUCCCCCAUGACCCCAGAUGUGCACCACGCAGCUGCUAUUGCCACUGCAGCCGGUGUGUAUGCCAGGUUGCCACGUUUGACCUUGUGGGCUGGUGCAGAGUGGUUCUCCCACUUCCCCAGCUGGGGGCUCCUGGGCACUACUCUGUGCUAAUUGGAUAUGCGGCCAGCCCAGGUUGGGUCAGAGCUGAUCAGCUGCCCCACCCCCUUGUCCAAUCCAGCCACAGUCACAAACAUGGAGUCUCAAGCGCGUGUGCUUGUCUCCUCCCACCCUCAGUCGGGCAUCAGUGUCUAGUUUGGCCCAAAUGCAUCAGCUGCACCGAAGCAACAUCAUUCUUGCCAGCCAGCCCACUUGCAGCUGGGUUUCUGGUCAGUUCCAUUUCAUGGACAGCAGGGAGGAGUGGGCAGUUUCUUUCAGCAUAAUUUGCCUCCAGCUUUCAUCCAUUCCCACAAGGAGAAGAUCCUGUCCCCUGUCACACAUGGUCAAGCUUUUGCCAUCAGACUCCGGGAAAGUUGGCCCCCACUGAGGCUUCAGUCUCAUCAGCACCUCCCUCUCCACUCCUUUUAUGUCGUAGCACCUUGACCAUAUUGAACCAAGGAUAUGAAAGUCCGUCCACUGCUGCCACUGCUCUGCAGUGCCCACUGCCAGUCGUUCAGGGCCAGCCAGGUCCUAUGUCAUACUCAUGACUAGUAGGGCACUUGUGGUCUUGCUUUCACUCAGGAGGAUAUAGAACAGGAAACACAGCAAGCCAGCAGUGCAGCUUUUCAUGUUUUUCCAAGAGUCCCCAUUGCUGUCUGGCAGCAGUCCCGGGAACUAUUCUCCGCCCCUCCCCCAAAGUAACAGUCCAGGGAUGAGGGAUCAAGACCAGAUGGGUGAGUGUGGGAACAACCCUGGCUUACAAGUCUCAAGUUCCAUAGGAACGAACAUCUCUUACAGCAGUCCCAUGGGCCUGGAGUCCAAGAGUUCCAACCAAGGACAAGAAACACGCACUCGGGAAAGCUCAGAGCUGUGGCUUUCUGCUGGUCGUCCCAGUCCUCCCAGGCCACUUGCAGUUUACAGCCAGGUCAUCUUCACUGUAAGCAUUUUUCCUAGUAACGUGGGUGACGUUCUACCUUUACUCAGCUUUCAGAGGAACACAGCUAAAAAGUUAACAGGUGAUUAAUUUCCCAUGAAUACACAUGGGCAAAGUGUUAGGUUUUAGCAUUAUUGGGAAAAUAAUAAAAUGAAAGUAAUAAUUUAUGUUUUUAGUCUGUAAUAAUUGAAAGGUGCAUGUUGUAAUUUCUAGGCCAAUCACUAAAAGAACAAUUAGAGAAUGUAAUAAUUAAGGAAAAAUGGAAUUAAAAAAGCAUUUGAUUCAAAAAAAAAGCUUGAAAGGAGGACAAAAAGAAUGUAAAACAAAUGGUGAAAAAGAAUGCAAAUAGUAAGAUGAGAUGAUAGACAUAAACACAAUCUAUCGGGAAUCACAAUAAAUAUAAAAGGACCAAGUACUCCAAUUAGACUACUAACACUAUCAGACUGGGUUAAAAUAUUGAACCCAAUUAUGUGCUUUUUACAAGUAACAUACUUUAAUGUAAGAUAUAAAACAGUUGAAAUUAAACAGAUGGAAACAAGAUAUAUCAUGUGAACACUAACCAAAAGAAAGCUAGUGUAACUAUACUAAUAUCACACAAUGUGGAAUUUAAGGCAAGAACAUUACUACAGAUAAAGAUGAAUAAUUCGUAAUGACAAAGUGGUCAGUCCACCAGGAAUAUGGAAAAUUGUAAAUAUAUAUGUACCAAUAGCAUAGUUUCAAAUUAUAGGACAAGCAUUAAACAUUGACAGAUCUAAAAAGAGCAGUAAAUAAAUCCACAAUAGACUUUAACAUACCUCUCAAUAGAUAGUAGAAUUAAGCAGAUAAAAAAUAAGUAAAAAUAUAGUACAUCUUGCUAAAAAACAAAUUUGACCUGAUAUUUAUAUAAUGCUGCAUUAAACUGACAAAAUUUUCAUUUUAAAAAUUGAAUAUGGGCCAUUUACCAAAUUUAUCAUAAGCUGAGUCAUAAAUUAAGCCUCAAUUAAAUUUUAGAACGCUGAAACAAUUUAGAGUAUAUUUUCUGAAUUUACUCUGGAAUUAAGUUAAAAAAAAGAUCAGGGACAAAAGGAUAGAUAGAAAAUCCCCAACUAUUUUGGUGACAUUAAGCAGUGCACCUCUAAACAACCCAGGGUCAGUGAAGAAAGCACAAGCACAAUUAGAAAAUAUUUUGAAAUGAAUGAUAAAGAUAUAGCAUAUCAAAACUUGUGGGAUACAGCUAAAGCAAUGCUUGAGGGAAGUUUAUAGCCCUAAAUAGAUAUAUUAGUUAAAAAAAAGGAAAACCUGAAAAUCAAUGAUCUAUGCUUCUAUGUCAAAAAGCUAGAAAAAGAACAAAUCAAAACCACACUGAGAUAUUUCAUGCCAGUCACGUUGACAAAAAUCCAGAAGUUUGAUAGACUCAUGAGGCUGGGGGGAAACUGACACUGUUAUACAUUGCUGGUAGAAAUGCAAAAUGGGAUAACCUCUAUGGAGAGGAAAUUGACUAUAUCUAGCAAAAUUAUACAUUCAUUUACCCAUUUAGCUAGCAGUCCUACUUUUGGCAAUCUUUCCUAAAAAUACACUGGUAAAAAAUACCUAAUGAAUAAAGGCUAUUGAUUGUAGCCUGACCUGUGAUAGCAGACUGGAAACAACCCAAGUGCCCAGCAGUAGGGGAGUGAUUGAAUAAAAAGUUCUCUGUGGAUGUUCAUUGUGUGUGAAUGUCCACACAGUGGAGGCUUCUGUAGCUGUCAAAGAGAAUGAGGACCAUUUCUGUAAACUUCUGUGGAGUGGUCUCCAGGAUUAGCCAAUGGAGAAAAACAUUGUCUUAGAUUGCUAUUUAUCGUUUUUUAAAAUGGCAAAGGAGGGAUAUAUAGAGAGAGAAACGCAUAUUUAAAAAUGGAAGACUAAAUUUUAAAAAUAUUUGUAAGUGGUUUCCCAUAGAGGGAAGAAGGAAUUGGGAUAGAAAAGACAGAGAGUGAAGCUAGAUUGCCUUGAAUCUAUAUUGGUUUUUCAUUUU